UGUCGAAUGGAAUCGCCCUAGCCAUUGCCUCUGAAUGCCACAAAGAUUUAUCAUUCUAUCUACACAGUUGACGGGAGAGGGUGAAAGGAGCUAUUGAGGACCCACACAGGCGAUUAUAUGUGAGCGCUUUUUUCCACUUCCUUUUUCUAGGUAUUCAAACGGCUGUAGUGUCCCCUGACUCAAAGGACGAAGGACUUGUGUCCUGUUCAGCUUUGACCAUCCAUUGAUUGUUGAUUUUGUACAUCAGGAUUUUGGGUCAGCAUACAAUACAACACUUGCACAACUUGCUUGUUUAAUUUGUUCAGUUCGGAGAUCGAAGUUUGGAUUAUAUCGAUUGAUUUUUUGCGGAUACUACAGAUGAUCUUGACCUGAGACAUCUCUCGCUGCCCCACCUCAUGCACUCUCUGACCUCGUGAGCACCUGGGUCAUUUCACCCGGUGACCUUCACCUUGAUCUCUGGAGAUCUUGGAUAUAGUUGCUGACAAUUAGCUCGGACACCUGACACUAACCUCGUACCAGCAGCCUCUACACCUGACACUAACCUCAUGUUUCCUGGAUAGUAGAGUCGCCACUGGCAACUACACCGACGCCACUGCAGAUAUCACCUUGUACACUCGGCCACCAACCACCCAGUCACUCACUGACAGGUUGGCAACCAACUAAACCAGACUCUCCUUCCCAGAAUUCCUUUUUAUUUUCCUCGGGUUGACCCACAUACGGCCUCAAAAUUUUCUACCCAAGUUUUGACCCCCGUGAUCCUCGGGAUCCCCGUGACCCCUACCGGUCCAAGAUGAUGAUGAUGGAGCAGGAUAUGAAGCCGCCCAUCCUGCACCAGCCGCAGUCGCAGCUCCCGCCCGUCAGCAGCGGGCCGCAGGUGCACCAGUCGCACCACUCCAUGCACCCCCAACAGACGUCGCCGCGCCCCGGGUCAGGGGGGCACACGGAGCUCCCCCAGACCAACCACGGCGGCGGCGCCCCCAAUGGCGGGAGUCCUACCAACAACAACAACAACAACAACAACACGACCAACUCUAAAAACAACAUGGACCCCAGCCGCGUCAAGCGACCAAUGAACGCCUUCAUGGUUUGGUCACGUGGACAGAGGCGCAAGAUGGCGCAGGAAAACCCCAAGAUGCACAACUCUGAGAUCAGCAAGAGGCUGGGGGCGGAGUGGAAGCUGCUCAGUGAAGCGGAGAAGCGGCCAUUCAUCGACGAGGCCAAACGUCUGCGGGCCAUCCACAUGAAGGAACACCCCGACUACAAGUACAGGCCACGUAGGAAGACGAAGACCCUGAUGAAGAAAGACAAGUACGCGCUGCCCGGCAUGGCCAACCCUGCCAUGGCCCAGGUUGGCCGCGACCCAUCGGGGAUGUACCCCACCCACAUGAACUCGUACAUGGCCAACGGGUACGCCGCCCACAUGAUGGGCGACCCUAACGCCUACCAACAAAUGGCCGGUCAUUUGCCCGGACUUUCGCCGGCCGGAUAUUACCCAGGAUUUAACACGCAAGCUAUGCAGAGCCAGGUCACGAGCGGUAGCUACAUGAACGGGGCCAACAGUUACAACAUGAGCAUGGCCCAGAUGGCGCCCUACGCCGCCCACAACAUGUCACCCACGCCCCAGGGUCACUCCAGUACCCCCGGCAUCAAGCGGGAGUCAGUGACCCCCACCCAGGGACAGGGCGCCGCCCCGGCUCACACAGGCUCCAGCAAAUCUCCGUACCCAACCCCGACGGCAGCACAGACCGGCAACGAGAUCCGGGAGUUCAUCUCCAUGUACCUCCCGCCCGGCCAGUCUGACCACGGUCUGGGGAACGAAUCCCACUCAGCAGCUGCCUUCGCAAGGUUACAACAGAUGCAGUAUUCCAUGAACGGACACCAUCUCUCCAACUCCUCCGACAACAGCACCGUUCCCCUCUCGCACAUGUAGGUCAGCAGCAGCCUGCAUCUCUACAGGACUGGCGCCUGCUACAGGGCGCCGUGUACAUUGCUCAGCCUUGACCUCUGGCUAAAACUGUUUGACCUAUGCUGGCCAGGUGGCCUAAACGAGUGCUGGCCAAAAAAUGACCCCACUCAAACGACCUCAAGACGGGAAUAACUAGAGUUGAGAAAAUAUUCGCUCACCACAGGGGCAGAUAAUCGCGGGGUUACAGGGCAGAUAAACAAUGGGUGGGGGGCCACAACUCUAGCUCUUGAAGGUAAAAAGUUUCCAAAUUUCUGAUUGACUUAGUGGAAAGUUAGUGUCGACAUGCCAAUGGAACCUCUGGCACCAGAAGAUUUUAAUUAGUUUUUGUCAUCAGGCUAAUGUAUGUCGAGACAUGAAUGACAUUUCCCAAAGUUAAAUCGACCUAAAUUAAAUUAGGAUGAUGUAAUACGUUGUGUGCAGGCUUAACGCUUGACAUAACGUUUGUGAUCUCAAACUCAAAUGAUUUCAAACUGCCAUAUUUUAACUUCCGUGAGAAGAAAAUCUUCGGAGAAUUAAAGCUCUACUGAUCUCAAUUGUACAUGCUUAUGGAAAGCCACAAUUGUCACAUUUUUGUUUCUUUUCCAAUUGUACGGUAAGCCGAAAGGCCACUUUUCGAUUUACAAACAAAAAAGAUUUUUUUGUAACAAUUUUUUUUGUUCCCGACAAAACAGAGCAAAUAAUUAACGCGCCGAUGACAUUUCAAUUAGGGUAAUUAGGGUAAUUAGCGCAAUCGUCGGCUACAGAAGCAAGAGACAAGCGUGAUACUGUGCGCGUGCUCUGAAAGGUGAGCAGUUAAACGACCUCUGUGGUGUUAGGACCAGGGG